CACACACACACACACACACACACACACACACACACACAGUAAUCCUCUGUAAUCUGUCAUCACCUGCACCGUCGUCUCGUCUCAGAACAGGAGCAACACUGAAGGACGAACAGCUUUUUUACCUCACUCCUGUAUCUGUAUGACUGAAAGUGUGUGUAUGAAUGUGUGUGAAGGUGUGUGAAGGUGUGUGUAUGACAUGUGUGUGACUUGGAGAAGGAUGCGGUGUGUGUUGGUGUUUCAGGUGCUGCUGUGCUGUUGGAAAGUCGCGCAGCCGUUUUGUCCCUCGCAGUGCACCUGUGUGUUCCACAAGACCAGGACGGUGUUGUGUAAUGACCCAGACACGGCGGAGAUCCCCGUCAACAUUCCCUUAGACACGGUGAAGCUGCGUGUGGAGAAAACGGCAGUGCGGCGAGUAAAAUCCGAGGCGUUUUACUACCUCACAGAGCUCCGGUAUCUGUGGCUUACCUACAACUCCAUCAGCUUAGUGGAUCCUUCCAGUUUCUACAACCUGAAUGUCCUGCACGAGCUCCGUCUGGAUGGAAAUCAGAUCUCCAUAUUCCCCUGGGAGGCUCUCAGAGAGAUGCCCCAUCUCAGGAUGCUGGAUCUGCACAACAAUCGAUUAACAAGCAUUCCUGUAGAAGCUGCAGCUUAUCUGGUUAACGUCACAUACCUGGACAUUUCCAGCAAUAAGCUGAACACCUUGCCCUCUGACCUUCUGGACAUCUGGAGUCCCUUUUCUGGAACAAUUUCCACUGGCAGCUCCUCUCAGAAGAUCAUACUGGGUCUUCAGGACAACAUCUGGUAUUGCGAUUGUCGCAUAUCCAAACUAAUUGAGAUGUCCAAGAUGGCAGAGGGUCUUGUGGUGCUGAUGGACCCGUUGGUGACCUGCAGUGGUCCGGAGAACCUGGCGGGGGUUCUGUUUAAACGAGCAGAGCUGGAUCAGUGUGUUAAACCAGCGGUGAUGACUUCAGCCACAAAGAUCACGUCUUCUCUCGGCAGUAAUGUGCUCUUGCGCUGCGAUGCUACAGGAUAUCCAACUCCAACCCUGAUGUGGAGCAGAGAGGAUGGAUCUCCACUCAGCAAUCCAGUUGUGCAGGAAUCCCCAGGUGAAGGUGUUCGAUGGUCCAUCCUUAGUCUGCAGCGAAUUGUGUUGAAGGACGCUGGUGUUUACGGCUGCAGGGCAAAGAACGUUGCUGGAAUUUCAGAAGCCUCCAUCACACUAUUACUGGCUGAGAAGGACUUUACAACUUCUUCUCCCUUUGACAAAACUUUGCCUGCUGUUACAGAGGCUGUGAUUUCCUUUUCUUCCACCACCACCAACUCCACACCCACCACUAGCAACAGCACAUCCAAACCAUCUCCAGCUACACUUCAGUCUAUAGCUAACAGGUUGAACUUAAGCCCAGGUGGUGGAAUCCAGAGAUCUCCACCCACUGGAAAUACAGCCAAGAUGAAGCAGCGCAAAAUUGCCCCCAAGGAUAAAUUUAGGAAAAAGAGCAGCCUGUACAUCAGAGAUAUCGAGGUGGUGGAGGAAACCGAAGACAGUGCCGUUGUGUUGUGGAUAACUGAGGGGUUUCCGAAUGAAUUUCCACUGUCAGUGGAGUACUUUCCAUAUGAUGCAGAGGAGAUAAAGGAGACUGUGGACACUGAGGUUGGAAAUGGUAAGCUUCUUCUUGAGAACUUGUUUCCCAACCAGGUGUACACGGUCUGCUUGGUUCCCAAAAGUGGAGAAGAGCAAUGUAGGAAUUUCAGCACUCUGGACAAUGUUAUAGACGACACACCAAAUGGGUGGCUGUUGAUCGUCACUGGUCUUGCUUGUGUUUUUGUUCUUCCUCUCAUUGCUCUCCUUCUUUACAAGAUCUCAUCACUGUACUGUAAAAAAAGCAGCAAAAACCCUGAGAUGGAUGAAGAUCUUUUGAAAGAGACGUAUGUGAAAUUUGAGACUCUGGCGAUGCAGCAGAGGAACGGACAGGCGAGCGAUCUCUGGACCCGACGACUGACGCAGGAAUCAGAAAGGAUGCUCCUCUGUUCUCGGUCCAGUAUGGACUCACAAAUGACUUACAAAAGUGAUAAUUCACGGUCCGAGUUCCUCUGCUAGCUCUGUGUGACCAAAACUGACCAGGAACGGUGAGGAGCUUCUGCUUUAUGAGCCUGCAACAAGUAGGCAGGACUGUGGUUUCUUUCAUCACCUCAUUAGUUCACACCUACUAAAAUUUAUCUAAUGGAAAAAAUCGAAUCUCCACAACUUAUAGCAUUCUGACUUUGACAUCUACCUCAUCGACAGCAAGCAUCUUCUGGAUGUGUAGCAGACUGUUAAAUCCUAACUCUCAAAAGAACCUAUAAGUAUUUAACAAACAAAAUAUUAAUAAAAGUUCUUUCAGGUUUAUUUGAACGCUUUAAGGAGUUCAAAGUAUUAAAGUGCUCCUGUAUAAAAGAACUGUAACUAUCGGCAGAACAUAUGAAGAACAGGUGUGGGUUUUUUUGUUGUUUUGUUUUUUAAGGGUACUUUUUAAACUGGUCCAGUAAAAAAUAUUUCUUGGAUAGAAACUCAAGUAAUCUCAGAAAUCUUUAAGUAGAAAGUAUUUAAGAGCGAAUAAAAUACCACUAAAGAACCUUUAUUUUCCUAAUAAUUGACCAAUAAAUGCAUGACAGAUUCUAGGUUCUCUGUUGGUUCUUCAUGUAACUAAGCACAAUAAAAAGGUUUUACACAGAUUUUUUUCUGAUAUGGAAACACUGUGAGGUCCUGCAUGUUACUCUUGAGUCAAACAUACAACCAAAGAAUCACAAAAGGUUAUAAAUUAAUUAAAUGUAAUUAAAUAUAUUUUUCUAAUGUUUUUAUUGACAGACAUCUGGAUGAAGUGCUACGUGAGAUCUUUAGAACAUUGUGUGAUGUGUUUUUGUACCAUAAGUGUUUAGUGUAUCUGUAUUUGUUCUUGUAAAUAAUUUUUAAUUCAUUAAUAAAUAGAUGUUUGAUGCACUGAAACACAAUAUUCUUAUAUACUUUGCUUGGUGCUCUUGGAGUAUGUGUAGGUCUCAUGAUGAUUGUCCUCUGCUCCUGUUCCAGUGGAAUAUUUUUUAGGAGCGUAGGUCCAGUUUAGUGUAAAAUAACCAUCUGGAGCUGAGCUCAUGAAUAUGUACUUUAUGACAUUUACAUUCCGUGUACAUUUAUUGUAAACUUUUGAAUAUGAAAUAAA